UUCCAGCCCCGACAUAUAUAAGGAAACUGGGAGCUUAACCCGGAAGGUGCAAAGUGCAGAGACCACCCAUCUCAUUUUGAAACCAUGACCUGGUCUUGAUUUUGGCGGCAAUUUUGGGUAAAGAGCCGUAGCAGUCUAGCACCACACCACCAUUUGGACCUUACAAGAACCUUGGUACUUGGUACGAGUGUUUCCUUUUCCUGAUAGUUGAUGGUCUACUUGCCAUUGCACGCUAGGUGUUUGAUAUUUUGCCUCUGUGACUGUGAGUCAAGUCUAUAAUGGAUGGCUGAUACCAUGACAUUAAGACCCGUGUUAAGUGUCAGAACAACUUCACAAAUCAACAAUACAUACUCAGAACCAUCUAUAGACUACAGUUCUGAGUGUUAUCCUCUUCACCUAAUCAGUAAUGAGAUUGCAUUUUAAGCAACUCGUUGGUCGGAUAAGCCUGCUCAACAGCUUAACAACCCAGCAAACUCGCUGCUAUGCACGAGACCCAUUUCCCAACAAAAUCUCCCAUUACCUGUACCGUGCCAAACUCAUUGAUUCCAUUCGACUUGGCCUUCGUUCCAACCCUCCUAGUCCCACCUCUCUCGCCCCUAUCCUAAAUGAUCGCCUUCUUGACUCCUUUGUUGUCACUCAAGCGCUCCGGUCUGCACCUUCUGCAGACUCUGCUCUGUCCCUGGUUGAAACCCUUGAAACAACUCCGUAUUUCUCACAUACCCAGAACACCCUCCACGCCCUGGCCACAGUUCUUGCCAAGUCUUGCCGGACUGUGCAACUCAAAGCCCUCAUUGAUGCCAUAAAUGCUGGUAGGUUUGGCAGCAUUCGUGUUAGCUUUAUGAACCUCAUGCAAUGGUAUGCUGCCAUUGGAGACCUUGAGUUGGUUCUUCGUGUCUGGGAUGAGUAUAGGCUCUCAAGCAAGCGGAUAUGCACUGAGUCUUAUAACAUUGUUAUGGGCCUUUAUGUGCAAAUGGGUAAGGACACUGAAGCUGUGGAGGUUUUCUAUAGGAUGAUUGAUGAAGGGGCAAUUCCAAAUUCUAGAACAUAUACCAUAGUGAUUGAGCACCUCAUGAAUUCGGGAAAGCUGGAUUCUGCAAUGGAGGUUUUUAAUACAUUGCCCUUGAUGAGAAUUAGACGCACUUUAAAGCAAUAUUCGAUUUUAGUUGAAGGAUUUAUUGGUGUUGAAAGGUUUGACGAGGUCAAGACUUUACUUGAUGAAAUGCGGGCUGAUGGGAAAUUUCCUGGAAGAGCCCUGCUUUUGUCAUUGCGACGUAUGAAUGAGGCGGGAUUUGUCCAAGAAACUGAUGAAUUUCUUAAAGAAAUGUCUCCGGAUGAGAGAAUCAAGAAUAUAGGAUGUAGUGUCAAUAGUAGUGAUGACGACGAUGAUGAUGAGGGUAAUGAGAUUAGUCAUGCUAGUGGAGAUGAUGAUGUUAAAGGGGUUCAGUUAAAACCAUGGUUAGACCCAAGAGCUUUGGCAAGUGCCUUGCAACAUUGGAACCAUGAAGAGGUAUCAGCCCUGGAGGAUGCAAAAUUGGUGUGGACAACUCGGUUGGUUUGCAAGAUUCUUAGGCAUUUCAACUCACCAGAAACAGCUUGGAAAUUUUUCUGUUGGGCUGCUUAUCAGCCAGGAUUUACUCAUGAUAUUUACUCUGUGGAAAGGAUGAUGGCCCUUUCAGCACGCCAUGGGCGUUCUGAAUUGGUUGAUAAACUCAUGUCCAAAAUAAGAAGGGAGGGAAUGAGAUUGCCUUUCAGCACCAUCAGGUUGAUAAUCGACUUUUAUGGCCUCUCAAAGAAAGCCGAUGCCGCUUUGAAGGUCUUUCAUUAUGAUAGAACUCUCUGUGGUCCAAUAUCAAAAUUCAAUAUGAUGCUUUUGUAUUCAUCUCUAUUACGAACAUUGACCAAGUGUGGGAGAAAUUCUGAUUCCAUGGACGUACUGGAGGAGAUGAUUUUGGGUGGAAUUUGCCCGGAUAUACAGACAUUUUCUGGGUUAAUGUAUCACUUUGCAUUAAAUGGGGAUAUCAAAACAGUGCAGAAACUCUUUGCAAUGGUUAGGCAAAGUGGUGUGGAGCCAGAUGCUUAUAUGUUUAAAGUACUGAUCCAAGCUUAUUGCAAAGCUGAGAGAGCUGCUCUUGCAUGGAGGGUUUUUGAAGACUUUAGGAAUUCAAAUUUGGUGCCUGAUGCUGACUCAAAAGAGUUGCUUGUAAAGAGUCUCUGGAAGGAGGGCAAGCGGCGAGAGGCUGCUUCUGUAGAAGAAAAUUGUGAGGAAAUAAACAAUGCUCUUCCACUAACAUUGCGUGGUCACAUAUGGACGGUGAGCUCUGCAGAUCUCACUCGCGUUUUUAAUAUUUAUUCCAAAAGCUUUGCAUCAAUAGCUGGCUAGAGUUAAAUGGUUUUGAAAAACAAACAGUGAUCUGUUUCAAAGCUGUAUACUGAGCUACUUUUUGUCUAGGAUCGACAGUAUACAUACUAUCCUUUUUUGCCUUCUUAUUUUGACUAAUUGAAAAAGAAAACCAAAGUAAAAUUGUUUGUGUUUGUAUUGAA